GGCCCGCCCCCCGGGGCUCGCGCCGGCCGGGGGCGGGUGUAACCGUUGCGCCCGCUCGCCCGCCGCCAUUUUGUCGCUCCAGUCGCCGACCGCCCCGACCCCUCAGGAUGGCGCCCAGAUCCCGCGGCCCAGCGCGCUGCUCCGCCGCCCCGCACCCCCGGCAGCGCCGUCGACACCGCUGAGGACCUUCUCGCACCUCUCAUGGAGCCGAGCGGCCGGCAGCGGCCCGGCCCAGCCGUGGGGCCGGCUCAACCCGGCUCGCCGCUCGGCUUCCCGGUGACUUGGCCUAAGCUGGCCGGGCCCAGCGCGGCCCAACCCGCCGCGUCCCCCUCGGCCCAGCCGCAGCCCAGCCCGCCGUUCUCCUGGCUGCGGCUGCUCUCUCAGCUCCUCUCCCCGCUGCCCGCGUUGCUGCAGCGGCUGCGGCCCGGCCCGGCGCUGAGCAGCGCGCUGUGCCCCGCGGGGCCUUCCCCACCGCCGCCCUCUCUGCUGCUGCUGCCGGAGCCACCCGCUUCGCUGGAAUGGGCCGAGGAGAAAAAGAAGGGACGGGAGGGCCCGGAGCCCGAGCAGGGGCUGUGGGGAGCGGGGCUGGCCGUGCCUCACGCCGGGUUCCUCUCUUUGGUGCUGGGAGCCAGCGGCCCGGCGUGCCGCUCCGCCAAGAGCCAUCUGCCGCAGCCGCUGAGCGCCGAGGCUUGGGGAGGGCCCGGCCGCCUGCCCGAGGUGGAGCUGCUCCGCAGCAAGCGCCUGGAUUUCUUCCAGCUGCGGGGCCUGGCCGUGCCCGAGCCGGACCACGGCUACUACAGCCUGGAGGAGGAGCAGCAGCACAGGGGAGCCCUGCGGAGGGACUGCGAGCAACCUGGGGAGCAGCACGGAGCGCAGAGGCAGCCCGACGAGCUGGAGGGAUCCUGGGGUUCGGCUGAGAAGGGAGAGCUGCAGGAGGAACCUUGUGCUGCGGAGGACGGUGAGGGCUCUGAAACAGAGCGGAGCCUGUUCGUGUCGGCCAGGCCUGCCUGUGCUAAUAAGUUAAUAGACUACAUCCUCGGGGGGAGCUCCAGUGGGGAGGAGAGUGCGGAUGAUGAGGAAGACUGGGAUGAUGACGAUGGUGAUGAUGGGUUUGACAGUGAAGGGUUGCUCUCAGAUUCAGAUGACAGCAGCCAGAACGGGGAGAGGUUGCAUCUCUGGAAUUCCUUCAUCAGCCUGGAUCCUUACAACCCUCAGAACUUUACAGCGACCAUUCAGACAUCUUCCAGCGAGCCAGGGAAGGGUAUGCCCUGUGUGUCCGAUGUGGGAGAGGAGGAGGAGGAGGAGGAGGAGGAUUCUUCAUGGGCAGAGUCUUCUUCAGGCUCUCCUCACCCCAGUUCGGAAGAUGAGGACGAAUGGGAUUGUAGCAGCGUGGACGAGGCAGAAAACUUGAAACUCUGGAAUUCAUUCUGUACCUCAGAUGAUCCUUAUAACCCUUUAAAUUUCAAGGCACCCUUUCAAACAGCAGAGAAAAGAGGGAAGCCCGGCUUCAAAGGAACAGAGGGGCUGAGUUUGGUCACUUCUGAGCAUAGUCACUUAACUGUGUGUCGGGUACAGCUGGAAAAGCAUAACUGUGGGGUCGCAGACUUGGUGCAGCAUGGCGUUCUUUCUGGUGAAAAAUGUAGCAGUACCAAGAGGAAAAAGGUGACCUUCCUUGAAAAAGUGACGGAGUAUUACGUGAGCAGCGAGGAGGAUCGUAAGGGACCCUGGGAAGAGCUCGCACGGGAUGGCUGCAGGUUCCAGAAACGCAUCCAAGAAACAGAAGAAGCCAUAGGAUACUGCUUCACCACAGAGCAUAGACAGAGAGUUUUUAAUAGACUCCAAGAAACCUCCCACCAGGGGGAUGAUCUCUUCUAGCACCUUAACACGUUUGGUAGCUGUGUGACCCUGAGCACUCACAAACAUCUUCCAAACCGGAAUUGGCAGCUGCGUGUGCUGUUUUGAAAUGGGGAGAGAAGUGGGAUUUUAACCAUUUUCCCUGGUUUAAUAUUCAGCCAACAGAUACGCCCGUGUGCAUCCCAUUUUGAUAUCCAGACAAAACCCUUUGAGUAUCCUUGGGGCUGAGGGUGGUAUAAUUGCAUUCCCCUUUAGUAACACUUGAGAAACAGACUGCUUUGGGUUCAGUCCAUUCCAAAAAUGCCUUGUCUGCCCUAUGUUGAGAAGUGGUGGCUAUUCAGUUGGAAUUUUGCACUUUGAAAAAGCAAAACCUAUUUUGAAGGAAAUAUUUAUGGGGUUCAGAACCUCCGUAUUGCAGUUUUGAUUUAAAGUUUGUGUUGGCAUGUGCUGGUUUGUUUGGGUUUUUUUUGUGUGGUUCUUCAUUUUUUUUCUAGCCUGUACAGAAGUCUCCAGUUCUGUUAGCUGAUGAUGUUAACUUUAGUGUGCAAAGCAGGUGGCAUUCUCCUUCCUUCUGAGGUCCCAGUUCUGCGUGUAAGCGAUGGAUUGUGUGACACUUUGAUGUCUUAAUACUUCAGUCUCACACUGAGGGAUUCAGAGGAGCUCUGGUGCACUGCACGCCCUUUGGGUUGUCUUUAUUUAAGUAAUACCUUAACCCAGCCCUGUUCCAAGGGGUGUUGUCUACUUGUGAACCUCACCUCUUAGCUUCCAGGCCAGUGAAAGGCCUCAUUGUGAUCAAUAAUUGAAGCUUCAACACGUAGUAAAGCUGUGGCUGAUGCUCUGAGUUCAGGUGGCUGUGCAUGGGGAGCAGUGCUGUAGUUCUUCAGGCCAUCUUAGAACAACUGGAUUCUGCUUGUUGAAGGUGGAUUGAAGUGGAGCAUUCCUCGUAUUGCUUUCAUCUGGUUCUUGCAAGGAGAAUUAUCUUCAGCUUCUGGAAAUCUAGAGCUAGGGAUGCUGUGUUCUUUACCAAAAGCAGUAUUAAUACCUCCAUGCGCCUGCACUUUUGUUCACCUGGUAUCCAGACAACGUUUCACAUCUGGGAUCUGCCACUUGAGGUCCUCAGUGGAAGGAAAAUGCUCCUUAUUUGUGUUCCUAGCCUGUUUCGCUGCCGUUCCAGUCAAAAUAAGGCAGCAGUGCAGUUUGGAUCUGCUUUUGGAGCUGAAAGAUGAUGUGUUUCAGUUGGCCAGGCCGCGAGGUCGUGCAGCGGAAUGAAAACCAAACAUUAAAUCUGAGGAAUUCCUAUCAGUUUGCAAAGAGGGGUGUGAGUCAAAAUGGUUUGCUUCUUGAUUCGUUCAGCCGAGCAGACGUGGUUCUGUUCUUGAAAGGGAGAAACCUGUGAGCACUCCAGGUUUGGCAUCUCCAAUGAACUCAAGCUUGAAUCCAAAAGGAAGUCAUGGAUACAGGGAGAGAAGAGCUUGACAGAAUACCAGGUUUUCUGCUUUUUCUUCCCCUGCUUUUGGCCACGUUGUCUCCAAUUUCAGAGCUUUUUGGGUUUACACUUCUUGCAUUAGGUAUCUUUGGAUUUAAACAUUGCAUUUCUUUGCUGCAGGUUAGAAGCAUUAAAAUUAGGGAAUGUGGAGGGUCAGCUGGAAUACGGUAGAGCUGUGACACAAAUACAAAGCUCAUUCCUCUGCUAGAUUGGUUGAUUGAAGGCCAUGCAGCAGCAGUGUUACUUGGAUCCCCUUGGAAUGAAGAAAUCCUUCUCCUCUCCUUCACAUCACGCCCUCAAACUCUAUGGAGCAGCUUUCUGUUUUCAGGGCUUGUUUGGUAAGAGGUGCUCUGCUUUUUUUGUCCAGGAAAAAGCACACAGGAUGACUGUGGUGGUAGAGCUACAGAAAACACGUUGCUGUGUGAUCCUAGCACGACUGAGGAAUCAAACUGCUGUUCCUUGCUCAUGGUAAAAUACACAAUAUCGAUUUUUCCAUAGCACUCCUGGUUGAUUUGCUCUGGGAGAGCUUGCUGUGCUGCAGCUGCUCCGGCCAACGCACCCGGUGUGCUGCUGUUGGCAAGAAGCUCUGGAAUGAUGGGAAUUAACACCUGCUCGUGCUGCUCCACUCUUUGCAGAGACCUGGGAAAGGCUGCAGCUGGAAAGGAGCGGGGUUGACGAAUGGGUCCCAAACUCCAUUUCCAAACUGCUGCUUCCAAAAGCACUUCUCAUUUCCGAGCUGCUUUCGACCUGCAGCACGGGGAGCGCUCAGGCCUGAAACUGGUGGCUCUCAGUGAGAAGUGGCUGCUUGGGAUAAGGCCGUGCUGUUGUUCUCUGGGGGAGGUGCCGUGUAGGCGUUGUCUUCCUUUUGCUGAAGCUCUCUGUGCUGGGAUAAGGUGAGGUGUUGUUCUAUCAAUGGGAGUGACUCAGGGUGCCAGCAGCUGAGCUCUUUAAUUAGAGCCACAUCACCCCUGUGUUUUGCAGUGUAGAGCUGGCCUUUAAUUCAGCCAAUUAUUCCUUCUCGUGUACGCUGUAAUGAUGUAAGAAUAGGAGAGCGUGCUGUCUGUCCCCAUCUUCCAGCACAAGCAAGUUUCACCCUGUGCUCGCAGCUCUUCCAGGCCCCUCUGGAACCACCUGAUGCUGCAUUUGUUUCUUUAACAGCACCGAGCUGGACGAGGACGAGCACUUCAACCAGCCUGGGGUGCUGCCCUGCUCUGAGUGCUUGAAAGCAGAGAGCAAACCUGUGUCAUUACUAUGAGCUGCAGCAGCUUUUCGAAGCCGUGCUCGCCUGUUCUGCUGGCUCCAAAAUCCGGAGGACUGAGCGUUGUCAUUUCUUUUUACACGGCGCGAUAAAGAACGGGAGCUUCCCUGUGCCUGGCAGCGCAUCAAGAUGCCAUCUGCAAUGGAGACAUCCUGCUGGGAUUCUUUUUAUUCUAUCAGCGCUGAAGUCUGCGGUUGGAGCCCAGCUGAUGGUUUGCCCGCGUUGGAGCAGAACUGUUCCUUGCUCUGUGGCUGCAUCUUCUCCUGGGGGCUUCAGAACUUGUUUGUCAGCAAAGCACACGGGGAGUAAAUAAGCUGCUAUUUUUGUACUCA